AUGACAGAAAAUUUUCAAGAAAAAAAGUCAACAUCAGUCGUCCAAAACAAUAUCGCCUUGUGGGACGGAAACAACGGCGUGCCCUGCAUGAGACGACAUUUUUCAUGGACCCCUCAGCAAGUGGGGGAAAUCCAAGCACCCACGAGCACCACGACACCAGCACCAGUACCAGGACGAGCACGGCACGGCACUUUUCUAGCCUCUGGCUCCCAUUUGCGAGGGGGAUUCGCGCCAUGGCUGGCGCCAUUAUGCACAUCUAUUGGCGCCGCUCAAGUGGUUUUUUGUCUCAGUCCGGACCUGCAGCAAUACAACUGUCUUGACCGUCCUUCUACAGGACCUGUCAGUCUGGCGUGGCAUUUCGGUCUGGACACGCCCAUUGCAAAGACUAGAGGGCGUUGGCGGCUUCUUCUGAGUCAACCACUGCACUUCCUCUGCCUAUCUCAAGUGACGAUCCCCAAGACUCGAGAUGCUCGCCACGAGCCCACCUCAACUGAUGGGCAUACGUACGGUGUAUCAGCAGCCAAACAGAGCUCCUCUGCGUGA